GAGGGGAGGAACCGUACAAGGGAAGCUAUACAAGAGAUUAAAUGUGUGUAAACCUCCCGUCUUUAAACGUUUAAAUAAACAACAAUAUUAUAUGUCAGGACGCUGGUUGAAUGUUUUCAUAAUAAACGCGUAGACAACGAAAAUAAUUUCGCCGUAGAAAUAAGAGACUUAUAAAAUGGCUAGCAGCUAACAUUGGCAUGCUGUGACAACGAUGUCAACAAAAGAAGAUUCAGAAGGAAAGAAAGGUUCUCACCAAACCGAGCUUUACGCAGAGGUCCCUGCAUCAUGCCUGCCUAUUGUCUACUCUCCAACGUACAACAUCACCUUCAUGGGUCUGGAAAAGCUGCACCCCUUUGAUGCUGGCAAAUGGGGCAAGGUCAUUCACUUCUUAAAAGAGGAGCAGUUUAUUACAGAUGAGACCAUUGUUCCAGCCCGAGAGGCCAGUGAGGCUGAUCUUCUUGUGGUUCACACUGCACGUUACCUGAACAGACUCAAGUGGUCUCUGGUGGUUGCCACCAUCACGGAAAUCCCACCCGUACUGUUCCUGCCCAACUUUCUGGUACAGCGCAAAGUUCUGAAACCACUUCGUACACAAACCGGAGGAACCAUUAUGGCUGGGAAGCUGGCGAUGGAAAGAGGAUGGGCAAUUAAUGUGGGUGGAGGUUUCCAUCAUUGCUCCAGUGACAAAGGAGGAGGUUUUUGUGCCUAUGCUGACAUCACAUUGGCUAUCAAGUUUCUCUUUGAGAGGGUGGAAGGAGUAGCAAGGGUCACCAUCAUCGAUCUAGAUGCCCAUCAGGGAAAUGGACACGAGCGGGAUUUGGAAGACAGACGCGUUUACAUAAUGGAUGUGUAUAAUCGCCACAUCUAUCCAGGAGACGGAUAUGCAAAGAGGGCGAUUAAACGAAAAGUAGAGUUGGACUGGGGCACAGAAGACAUGGAGUACCUCCAGAAGGUUGAGCUCCACACAGAAGGUGCGCUGAACGAAGAACGCCCAGACAUCAUCAUUUACAAUGCAGGCACGGACAUCCUCGAUGGAGACCCUCUCGGAGGUCUGGCUAUAUCCCCACAGGGUAUAGUUAAGAGAGAUGAAAUUAUCUUCAGGGCUGCUAGCCGCAGAGGGAUCCCUAUCCUCAUGGUGACCUCAGGGGGCUACCAGAAGAAGACCGCCCGCAUAAUCGCCGACUCCAUCCUGAACCUGCACAGACAGGGUCUGAUUGGUGGAGAAGCUUCUGAGGAGGCGGGACCUUCACAUGUGUCUGUCAUGAUGAGCAAGUCUAUGUCAUCAUAGGCCACAUUCAGCGGCAUUUAAAUGUUCAUGAUUUUGGGGCUUGGCAUACUACACCUGCAGCGACUGAUGCAGACAUUUAGAAAAGUGAAUAAUGUUGAUGAAUCGAAGGGUUUAGGUGGACUAAGAUUGACUCAGGAUCAAGGUUUUCCAAAUUUUACACUCUUAUAAAUGGCUUGAGGUGAAGGUUUAAGGGUUUUUUCCCAGUUUUCUCCCAUUUAAAAAAGCGGUGGCUUAUGCAAUGCUUGUUUUGCACAUGAGGUUUGUGAAACUCUUUAAUUUGUGCCCACCGGUUGGACAUUGAAGAGGGAAUUGAUUUAUUUUCAAUGAAUGUACUCGAGGUCUAUAGCCAUACGUUUCCCUUCAACUCCCCAGGUUGAGCAAGCAUUUUAGAGGCAGCUCUCUCCUACAUUAGAUUAGAUUUAUUUUAUUCAAUAAAUGAAAUGAUGACAUUAUGAAUAUAUUUCAGAUUCAUUACAGGUUUCUCAUUGCUUUGACCUGCUCUGCUAUCAUGCCUUAAAUUAUUUCAUGACAUUAAAUGAAAGCUGCUCUUAAGAUGUGCUUUCGCGACCAAUCGGUUUUAGCAGAACGCCAGAAUUCUCAUUUGUGUGCACCAGCAGGUGGACCGCUGUCAGGCUGAGAACUCGCUGUCAUAUUACAGUUGGCAGGCUUUUGAAAUGUCUUCAGGCAGGGGCCGGGGCUUUCUCUAUUAGAAAAUGAAACUCUUUAUUGGAGAGCAUGAGAGACAGUGGAGUUGGUUGGCAAUGGCGGUUCUAAAGCUGAGAUUUGAUCUUUCUUAAUUUAGCAAAACAGUUCCUGUUGUUUAGAGAGUAUACAGAAGGUAAUGACACAUUUUUCUUUUGUAUUCUGAUUUUCAAUUUACAUUCUCUCUUCCCUUGUUUCUUUGCACAUAUUUAUUAUUGGUUUGAUUGCCCUAUUAUAGAUCUGGCAACUUUAUUUGAAUGUCCUUUAUUGAAUCAACUCAUUUGGACUGCUUAAGAGUCCUUUGGCUAUGUUAGGUUUGCCUUUUUCCCUGUAUAGUCUUUUUUCAGAUCAACAAAUAAGGUAAAUAGGUUAAAGCUGCGAUCCAAAACUUAAAAUGUCCAAAAAGUAAUGGAUUGCAUUAAUAACCAUGUGUUGAAGCUUAUGUUGAAUAACCAAUUGAUUUACAUUUUUUAUUAUUGAAAGGUACUUUACAUUUAGUCUUUUAGACUAUUGCACUUAGUUUAUUAAAAAAUGUAAUGAAAAGCCUCACUUUACAACACCAGAGUGUUGUAGAGUCUAAAACAUUAUUGUUAUAGUUCUGAUUUUGAAAUCAACCAAUAUCUAACACACUAUAAUAGUUCUAGAAUAAUCUCCACAAGAUGGAUCUUGUAGUCUCAGUGUACUGAUAUAUAGAUUUUAUUAUAUUUAAGCCAAGUGUUGGGAUUUGGAAGGUUACUGGUGUGAUACUGGAGGGCAUUAUGAGUAAUACAUUUUUGUUGAGCAUUUAUCCUCAUGUUGCUUUGGUGGAAAUUAUCCAUUGAGUGCACGAUACUGUUCUAUAUUGUUGUGAAAGCUUAUUUGUAAAGUGCCACAUAAGAAUCUACAGGAAAGAGCAAGUCAAAUGGCCUGCCAGUACUUUCAUCAAUGCAUUGCUUUGAGAGCAUUGAUGGAUGGCAUAUGAUUUCUGAAUGGUCGUUUGAAAUGUAGGUUUUCAAGUUUUCUCCCUUUGUCUGAAAGUACUGUACCACUCUAAAAUCAAGAACAAAUGUGCACAAAGGCCAAGCUAUAGUCUCUGCCAGCUUUAAAUCUGUCCCUACCUCUUUGUGUAAUGUCUGAAUUGAUAAUGUGAACAACAGUGGAAUAUAAACUACAGAUUCACAUUUCUCAUAGGUCAUGUUCCACUGUUAUAAGUUGUUAUUGAUUUGCAGCAGUCCUACGGUUGCACAGAAACUGUUUUUGCUUAAGGAGGUACAGUACUGUCAUCUUAGUUAGUGUCAACAGACGUGUGCACAGAACUUCUGGAUUUCACAUAAAAGCCACACAAGAUGUGUCUCAAAUUCUCCUAAAACGUAAAUAUGUUCAGGUAUCAAACACCUGUCUGUUUCUCAUCUAGAGUAAGAGGUACGAUAGGUCUUAGAAAGCUUAGAGAUAAAUGUCCUUUAAGAAAAGCACUGGUUUAAAGAGGUUCACAAUUGUGAAUAUCUCAUGCGUUUUUACGUCUUUAGUUUAGGGUAUGAGUCUGUUUUCAAUGGUAUUGCACUCUUGCUGGAGGGAUCUUGGUAAUGGACACUAAUGAGAGUAGUAGGGCUCUUUUCCUCCCUUUCCUUCCUUCCUUUUUUUGUUUCUAAUGAAAACCGUCAAAAGGAUGCAUGGGAAGGUCACAUGAAAGGCAUAAACCCUUUAGCUCUAGCCAGCAGCUUAAUGAAGUUGUACAUGAAAAGGUCCACAGUGGUCCUGGUUUCAUGUGCAUUGUGCUGGAAAAAGACUUCUUUUGGUUGUUGAAAAGAAUUGCAUUAACAUUAUUAUAUAAAAGUGUUUUCUUUCUUUCUACGAACACUAAAUGUCUUAUGCACUUAAUGUGAAACAAAUGUUUAUUUUAUUCUUUCUCUUACAUUAUUUUUGAUAUUCUAAACCUGUGUUUUACAUUAGAAAUAUUCCAUUCAUGAAACUACUGAAGAGAGAUGGCGCUUUAACGUCUAACAAAAGUGCCACAUGUGAUGUUUUCUCGUCAGAUUUAUGAUGUUCUUUUGUACCUGGCACUUUUUGAAGACCAUUUCCAUGUAAGGAUUGGCAAAAUAAAUCAAAUCUAAAAUGCAA